AUGUCUUACACGGACCGCCGUGUCAAGUUUGCACUUUUCGGCCUCGGCCGUCUGGGAGCGCUUCGAGCCCGCAUCCUCGCCUUCCAGCAACCUCGGAUCGAACUCGUCGCCGUCUGCGAUACUAAUCCAGGCACGGAAAAAUGGGCCGCAGAGGAUCUGCCCUCGACUGUCCAAUAUUUCUCAGACCCUCAAGAAUGCUUGAAGAACAGCGGCGCUGAGGCUGUCCUUAUCUGCACCGCGACGGCUACACACGCGCCCUUGAUCCUGCAGGCCCUUGAUCUGAACUUGCACGUUAUGUGCGAGAAGCCUAUUUCUGUGGAUAUCGCUACUACCAGGGUAGUCGUCGAUAAGUCUGCUUCUAGGCCUGACCUUAAGUUCCUUGUUCCAUUUACUCGCCGAUAUGACAAGUCCUACCGCCAGGCUAAGGCCCUGAUUGAUAAUGGAACUCUGGGUGAAAUCCACGCUGUUGAGACGACUGGUAUCGAUCAAGCAGACCCUAAUGCCUUUUUCGUGGCUUUUUCUGAGAUGUCUGGCGGCAUUUUCCUUGAUUUUGGUAUCCACACCGUCGACGCCGGACGAUACCUAUUAGAUAUCAAGUCAGGUCUCUCCAACACUAAGAAGCAAGUUAAUAGAGUCAUCGCCUUCGGCCAGAAUGCUGUCUACGGGGACUUGGCCAAGUAUGGCGACGCUGACAACGCAUGGGGCUUGGUGGAAUAUGCCAAUGGCAAGAUUUUCAAGACCUACCUCGGCCGUACGCUCACCAGCGGUUUCGAGGACACCACUCGACUGUGUGGUACCAAGGGACAUUCGAUAAUCAGCUCUAACUCGAAUGUUGAGAUUCGCGACCAUCUCGGUAUUCGCACGGAAUCUGUGCCUAAUGCGUUCACCCUCUUCGAUGCGACCUUCUUGGCUGACCUUGCUGAGUUCGCCGAUGCGGUGCUUGAUAACAAGCCCAUGACUUGUGUGCCAGAGGAUGCCUUCGAGGCGGGCAAGAUCUGCGCUGCUUUACAGUACUCAUUCCGCAAGGGUGUGCCCGUAUACUUCGACGACAAUGGUCUUCCCAUCAUGGAGUAA